AUGUUUUAUAGUAUCGAUUUGCUUUCAGCUCAUCGAGGGAAGUUCGGGAUUAUAUGGCUGGCAGCUACCAGGGUAAGAAAACAACUAUCAAGAAAGGAACUAAAUUCUGUCAAUAUUGUUACUGCUUGCAAUGAAAUAACUUCAUAUAUUCUAGGAGAGACACAACUUCGACUCUCAUUGUACUUAGCAUCCCAGUUGACUUUCGGUAUUUGUAUCAUUUACAGAGAAAAAACUAUUGUUAUGCUACGUGACUUGCAAGAGCUAAGCCAGAAAGCUUCUGUAACUACAAGCCGGUCCAUUGACCUACCCACUUGUACUAAAUCUCGUACAAAGCGUAAAACUCGUGUACCGGUUGAUGAUCCUGAAGUACCUCUGUUAAACUUGUACAACGAAACAAGUGAUUUUGGAAAUCUUCAGUUGCCUGAUUUGUUUUGGCCCAGUAUCAAUGAACCUUGUCUGGAUUUCAUGGAUACACAAACUCUGUAUCAAGCACGAAAUGAAGACAUAACUUUGGUGGAAGACCCUUCGGUCGAGACAACUGGUACUCGUUUUUCAUUUGGUGAAGACUUUUUGCCGGAGUUUAUCCUUGAAUCGAUAAAUCGUGAUCAUCAUACCAUUCAACCAGUAGAUUUAAUUCCUAUUGAGAUUCAAAAUGGCAAGAGACACAUUUCUAAACAUUUAGUACAUGAGAGUGAAGCUGAAGUUACAGAAUAUUCUGCAGUAGAAAGAUCAUGUUAUUCAGAUAAACCUCAGAGGCCGAUAACAACAAUACAAGAAAGUAAUGUCAUAUUCGACUCCGUAUUAAAUCAAUUUGUCCCCGUACACACAGAGAUAGUGAACUCUUCAAAGGAUUUGACUAAUGCGAAAACGCUUGCUCAAGGAAGCGCUAAUGAAUGCAUAGUUUCACAGUCUUCUGACGUACCUAUGGACUCAGUCAAUGCAAUUUCAACUAAUGUGGAUAGUUCACUAGUGCCUUCUGCACAGUUCAGCACUGAAAUAAUCAAUAAUUCUACUCAUUUGGAAAACAUCAAACAAUCGAAUAUUGUAUUAGAACAAGUUGAAUUGACUAAAGAUUUUUUAACAGAAACAGAAAUGACUCAGAUAUUACCUCAGGAAGAAGAAGAAAGAACCUUUACUAGUGCUUCUGAACAGAACUUAUGUCCAAUUUCGUUAUCUCGAUUAAAUCCAUUACAUCCUGUCGAAUCUGAGGAGAAUACGCAUCGUCGUCGUAUAAAAAAGCAUUCUAAUAAGCUCAUCAUUGAUGAAAUCACCCGACUAACAGCAUCAGAAUUACGCUGGAACAUGUUACAUGGCGAGGAGACUAUGGUUACACGAGACAUUUAUCUGGCUGAAUCAACUCCACGCAGUCAAACACGAUAUCUGUUGUCUCGGAGUGUUUCACGAUUAUUUUCUGUCCCCAGUAAUCUGGAAACUGCUCUUAGUUUAAGACUUUGUGAACUUUGGUGUUAUCAUCGGCGUUUAUGUGAAAAAGCUUUACAAAAAAGGAAAUUAGAUGAUUUGUCAAUAAAUAAUGAUAUAAUCCAAACUAAACGUCCUACUAAACCAUUAUCAAUAAAAAUGAAUGCUAUUACAGAAGAAAAUGAAUCUUCAGUAGAAAUUCAAAGAAUUGCUGGAGAUCAUUCUUCUCUAAUUGGAUCUGAAUCUAUUUUUGGAACUAGUAAUAUAAUUGAUGUAACCAAUAAUCAGACGAUCAGUGUGCGUGAAUCAUUAGUGCAAAUGAAAGAAUCUUUUGGGGGUGCUAGUGAUCAACCUAUCCCAGAUAUCAUAACAAAUGUACGUGAUAAUACUGCUUCUGAAAUAACUCGUCAAGCCCUAGAUCUCCCUAUUCCAGGGACUUCAAUAUCUUUGCCUACUGAGUGUACAACAUUAGUUCCUGUAAUUGAAGAACCUGAAGAAAAUCUGCAACAACAAAAUGAGUUGGAUUCUACGUCUGUUGUUCCCAAUUUAGUUGAAGCACUACCUGAUCAAUCUCAACUGCCUACUGAAGUUUCCUCUUUAUCGGGAAAACAUUUUCAUGAUAAAUCACAAUUAUGGAGAUAUCUCUAUAGUCAACUAAUAGAGUCAAAUUCUUAUUCGAUCGACAUUGAAAACCUUUGUCCAUUGGGUUGCAGUAAAAAACAAGCAGCAUUUGUAUUCAUGACGCUUUUAGAGUUUGCCAAAAAUCGCCAAAUUAUUUUAUCACAAUGCAAUCGAUUAUAUCAAGUACAGUUAAUGACUGCUUUGAUGACUGUAUUGUUUUUGAUCAUAUAUAAUCCAAUAAAAACCAUUCUGGAGAAUAAACGUACGAUGUCUUCAGUGAUUUCUGACAAAAAGUGGAGCAACCUUAAAUGCAUUCUUGGACGUUCUGGUCCAUUUCAUCGGUCAGAAUUCGAGCCGUCAAAUGAACUCUUAAGCAUGGUUAGAGAACAUGUGAGAAUCCUUGUCAUUGGAGCUGGAGGUUUGGGUUGUGAGCUUCUGAAAAACCUUGCUAUGAUGGGGUUUUGUCAUCUGGAGGUCAUAGACAUGGACAUAAUCGAUAUUUCCAAUUUGAACAGACAAUUUCUGUUCCGAUCUCACGAUGUCGGCAAACCGAAAGCCAAUGUUGCAGCGGAUUUUAUCAUGCGCCGCAUUCCAACAUGCAAAGUUGUCCCACACUACAAUAAAAUUCAAGAUUUCGGUGCGCCGUUUUAUAAACAAUUUAAUGCUGUGGUUUGUGGUCUGGAUUCAGUCACAGCUCGGCGGUGGAUUAAUUCUAUGCUGGCAAGUCUGGUUCGUUAUAAUCCAGAUGGUCAACCAGAUCCAAACACUGUCAUACCACUUGUUGACGGUGGGACAGAGGGAUUCAAAGGACAUGUCCUUGUUGUUCUGUAUGGCCUGACUGGAUGCCUAGAAUGUACACUUGACCUAUACCCACCACCAACCAAUUUUCCCUUAUGUACUAUAGCGCAUACUCCUCGUCUUCCAGAACAUUGCAUAGAAUAUGUGAGAAUACUGUUAUGGUCAAAAGACAAUCCAUUUGGAAAUAAUGUUGCAAUCGACGGCGAUUCACCUGAACACAUACAAUGGAUAUAUGAAAAGUCAUGUGAAAGGGCUAAACAAUUCGGAAUUUCAGGUGUUACACUACGUCUUGUACAAGGUGUCGUAAAGCGAAUAAUCCCUGCUGUUGCUUCUACAAAUGCUGUUAUCGCAGCUGCAUGUGCAACUGAGGUCUUCAAACUAAUCACAUUCUGUUACAAUUAUUUAGAUAAUUACAUGAAUUUCAGUGAUAUUGAUGGAGUUUAUACCUAUGGUUUUUCUGUUGAACGCAAAGCUGAUUGUCUUGCCUGUAACAAUGUGCCACGAACUCUUCGAUUACAGACUACUUGUACAUUAAGAGAUGUUAUAAAUGUUUUGAAGACAGAUCCUGAGUUUCAAAUGCAGUCACCCAGUAUAACAACAAUUAUUGAAGAUCAACAUCGUUCAUUGUAUAUAAAUCUUCCAGAACUGGUUGAUACACUUAAACCGAAUUUGUCUAAAACUCUUCAAGAACUUGGUCUUAUUAAUGGUCAAAUAAUUCAUGUUAGUGAUAUUACAACACCUAGAACAUUAUCUAUAAAGCUUCAUUUGGAUAAUAAUUAUAAUAUACAUCACUUCAAUCGUUCAUCUUGGUGUUCCCACCUAUGUUUAUUUUAUGGUAAUCGAAUUUCCUUACCUAUAACCAAUCAACAACCACAAUCCUUUUUAAGUUCAUAUGUUGCUAGCAAACCAAAGAAAUCUUUCAAGUUGGUGACCUUGAUUUCUGAACCAUAUGCUUCACAUGACGCUUGGCAUCCAACUAUACCCCCUCCACCUGAAUCAGGUCCUGCAGGUUGUUGCACAUGGUCAAGUGUAUUUUCCGAUUCUAUUUCAAAGCCAAUCAUUAUUGAUGUACGAAGUCCUGAUGAAUUUAAUGAAGAUCACAUUCACGGAGCAAUAAAUCUUCCUGUUUUAAAUAAUGAAGAAAGAGCAAUCGUUGGCCGUUUAUAUAAUCAAGAUGAUCGUAUUCAAGCUCGCCUUUAUGGUGCAUCUUUGGUCUGUGCUAAUAUUAGUCGUUGUUUGAAAGAACUUUCUUAUCAAUAUGGUUUACAACUAGACAAUUCGGUUCCUGUAAAUCAUCACUCUAAUGGAAACAGGAAAAUUGUAAAAUAUCCCGAUUUUUUUAUUUAUUGUUGGCGUGGAGGUCAAAGAUCUAAUUCUUUAGCAACUAUAUUAUCUGAAGUAGGCUGGCCGGGUAAUAUAUAUACACUUGUUGGUGGAUAUCGUUCUUGGCGUAGACUUCUACUUCGUCAGUUGGAUGCAUGGCCUCGUUGGUCUAUACUGAGUCCGUUUUGGGUCAUAUCUGGUCUUACUGGUUCCGGGAAAUCUUUAAUACUUCAAGAGUUACACGAUCAUGGUGAAACCGUUUUCGAUUUAGAAGCUUUGGCUAAACAUAAAGGUUCAAUGUUUGGUGGUGAUUGUGUAUUAUCAAAUAGUGACACUAGCGAUCAUCAAAGCUCUACCAAUAAAGGUAGUCAACAAAAGUUUUUUGAAUCUCAACUUCAUCAUGUAAUGAUGACAAAUAAGCAUCGAUUGUCAUCCUGCAAAAAUAUUUUAUGGAUCGAAUGCGAAUCACGGCAUAUUGGACCAGUUUGUGGGUUAUCUGAUGGUUUAUGGUCACGAUUAAGAUCUACAGAUCCAAAUGUUGGCACCCAUCGAUUAUGGAUUGAUAUUACAGAAGAAGCAAGAGUUGCUUGGAUUUUAGAAAAUUAUUCUACUGUUACUCGGAACGUUCCAAAAGUUCUAGCUAUUCUCAAAAGUUUAAAUGAAUAUAUACCAGAUAAAUUGAUUAAUCAGUGGACUGAAAUGGUACAUCGUGAAGAUUUCACCAGUUUUGUAACCGGUUUACUUCGACAUCAUUAUGAUCCAUUGUAUAUAAAAAAUCGUCGUCACAUAAUAGAAGAUGCUAAAAAGAAUGGUUUAUUCCAUCGUCUCUCUCUUCAUAGUGUUGACAGAACAACUAUACAAACAAAAAUUAUACCACAGAUAUUGGAUUUAGCAUAUACUACAAGUUCUUCUGAUCUACAACAAAAUCAGUUACCUAAAAGUAUUCAAAUGAAUCUCUGUAAUCAUUUUAUUAAAUCUGUACGGUUAUAUACAAAUUUCAAUUUGGGAAACAAAUUGUUUGAAUCAUUCAAGUUCUCACCAUUGAAUCUUACUAAAUUUAGCUUAAAUCCUCUACAAAUUUAUAAACAUGAAUUAUCAACAAGUUGUAGUUUAAAUCGCUGUCCUGGUAUAACGUAUCCGCGACCAGUUAGUCGCUAUUGGGCAAUUAGUAAAAUGAGGGAUCCUCAUCAAUACACAGUUGAUCCACUUCCAUUAGUACGAACAGGAGGACGAGGACCUGACGGUAAAAUUCAACUAAAACACGUUACAACUGGAUUAAAUCGUCCAUGGUUUAUGGUAGAUCACAAUCGUUCCAGACAAGUUUUAACUAAAACUAUCCAUGAAGAAUUAGUAUUACAGGUCAAAAAAACAUGGUGGAGACAUCCGUUUAUUGCUUUAGUAGCCUCAGGUGAAGUGAAAAGAUGGAUUAUUGCAACUGCUAGUAUGAAACCUGGAGAUAUUAUACGUUCACAUGUAGAUAUCCCUACUAUUCCAGUUGAUCCAAAAGAAGGUGAUGCUUAUCCAAUUGGUGCAUUACCGGUUGGUACAAUUAUUAGUCAAUUUGAAAUAAAACCUGGUCAAGGUGCUUUAUUUUGUCGGACAGCAGGAUCUAGUGCAACAAUAUUUCGACGUGGAAAAUAUGUUGGUUCAAAAUUAAAUGAAGAAUUAAAUUUCACAUCUUUAACUGAUGAACUAAGAGAUGAAUAUGUUGUAUUUGUUAGAACAAAUGGAAAACGUAAAAUUUAUCGACUUUUACCAACAUGUAUGUGUGUAGUUGGACAAGUAUCUAAUGAAAAUCAUGAUCAAUUUAAAUUUCGUAAAUUUGGUGAAAAGAAAUGGAGAGGAAUAAAACAACGCAGUGGAUUAUGGCAGCGUAAAACAGGAAGAUUUGGUCGAAAAGUACGGCCGAUCGGUCCACCUAUCGACCUUGUACCAUGUCAAAGUUCACAAGACUACUUUAGAUUAAAAUGUUCGUAUCCUGGUCGAUCAGAAUAUACAAUGCGUAAGAAACAAGAUAUGUAUGAAGCUUUACAUGCAAAAAACAAACCAAGACCACAACCUAUUCCUGGACGUCACAAUGAAUUACCUGACAAAAUGCCACGAUAUCGUUGGUGUUCUUGGUCAUCUGUACGAUAA